AUGUUUGAACAAUAAUUUAUUGAAAAUCGUAAAUCAAAAUAAGAACAAGUAAUAAAUACGAAAUCUAGGCAUUUAAUCGUUAUGAAUUAAUUAAAGAAGAAAGUAUUUAAUAGUUUUUAUGACUCCAUUAGGAAGAUAAUUGGAAUAAUAGAUUUUAUGUUUUAAAUUAAAAUAAAAAUGAAUCUGUUGAUAAAUAGAAACCUAAGUAAAUCAAUAAUACAUCAAAAUUACUUGAAGUUUAAGAUUAUUACAAUAUACCUGAGUUUCAUAGGUAAAAUGAAACAUCUUAUUAUUUAGAUAGUUAUUUUUGAUGUGUCUACAAACAGUACCAAAAAAUAAUUAAGCUAUUCAAUUUGAAAUAGAAGAAAUGUAACAAAAGAAAUCUCAUAUAUAAGUAUUAUUAUAGUAUAAACUUAGCUUUGUAUGCAAGCAGUAGAAGCAAGAGAAAAGUGUUUAUCCUUUUUAAUUAAUCAUAUUCAAUAAUUAUUAGAUUAUCCUGGAGAUGAAUAACUAUUACAAAAAAGUGCUGAAUUAAUAACACAUUUAAGGAUUCUAUCAAUUAAUGUCGUAGAAUAAAUUAUUGGAUGGAGACAAUAUCUAAUGAAAUUUUUGGUUAAUAUUCAUUCUGAAGAAAGUAUUUCUCUUCCAUAUAUAUAUUUAAGAGAAAAUUAUUUGAUUAAGGUUAAAUAUAAUAUAAUCUAUUUUCAGAUGAGAAAGGAUAUUUAGUACAUAACAAGUUCAAUUCUAUCAAAUUAUUAUCAAUUCUCUAUUAAGCCUGAUCCUUUCUUUGUUGCAAUAACUAAACCAGCCGAAGAUUCUAAUAAAAUUGUUCAGUUCAUAUCCAAGCCUCUAUUAAAGAGAAUUAAAAAUUGUGAAGUCAUAAUAUAAGAAGAAGCUUUAUAAAUAUCAAAAGAUGAUAAAUCAAUUUAUAAUUAAGCUAAUUCAAAAGACUAAAUUAAAAUGAGUCCAGAAAAAGCCAUUCAUCCAGGACGUAUAAGACCUCCUAAACGAUAGGAAUAAAGCUAAAAUUAAAAAGUAAAAGUUUCUUUAUUUUAUUAAUAGAGAAUAAUUUAUAAGUAAAAUGAUCACAAUAACGAGUUAUUAUCUAAUUAAGCAUAAAAUUUAGUUCCAAAAAAUAUCCCAUUAAGAUAACCAAAUAAAUAAGGAAGUGUUACUCCUUAAAAAUAAAACUCGGUAAAAGUAACACCAAAUGAUUCAAAUAAUAAGCAAUAAGCAUAAUAAUAAAACUUAUCUCAAUCAGAAUAAAAGAAAUAAAUUUCAGUUCAUGCUGCUGUUCCUUUUAUUGAAUAAUAAAAUAUAAUAGUUGAUGAUGAUGACACAUUUAAAGUAAAAAAAUGUCAACUUAUAGAUCAAAAAGUUAUAGAUCAUUUAAAUAAUAUUAAUGAAGACUUCUAAAAAUGUUGGAGAGGAGAGAUUUAGUUGAUGCAAAAUUAAUAUGAUUAAUAAGAUGAUAGUUUUUGUUUGGGAAUAUAUUAAAAAGAUUAAUUGUUAGCUUUAGGAUAAUGUUACUUAGACUAGUCUUUAUAAGAGAGAAGAUUGAUGUUAAGUCAUUUUUCAACUAAGGAUCCAUAAUAAUUUUAAGAGUUAUUGAAAAUAAUACUUAAAUUUAUUUGGGAAAUUGAUCCUUGUUAAGAAAUAAGAAUGUCUUUAUAUCAUUAUAAUUAAAAUGAUUCAUUUUAAGCAAAUAAGGAAAUAACAGCAAAAUUAAAAGAAUUGGGGUUCAAAUGGAAAGUAGUAUAGAGUGUAAAUUCUGAAACCAGAUUUACAGUAAUGGGUAAAAUAAAAAAGUUUAUUAUAAGCUAUUAGACGACCUUCUGAUAUUGAUUAACCUAAACAGUUUGAUCCAAUAUUUUUAUAACAUCUCUAUCUUACGUGUGAUUAAAAUUGUAUCUAAAACAAAGAGUCCUUUACUUCACUAUAUUGUCUAACAACUCUAAACACUAAAAUAGAUUUGGAUGAUGAAAUGAUCAAUCAGUACAAAGAUAGUUUAGUAUAAGCAGUAUAAUAUUCAGAAUAAAUUAGUAAUUUGGAUUCAAAGGGAUUAAAUUACAAGAGCAUUCUUAAAAUGACUUUAAUAUUUACAUAAAUCAAUACUUUGAAGGUUUUGAAUAAAUCAAUCCUUUUAAUUCUGAGGUUACUCUUUCCUCUGAUAAAGUUAUUAGUAGUUUUUGUAAAGAAUGUUAUAAAUGGUCUAAAUGUAAAUUAGCACAACACCAAAGACUUAUUUAUAAUGGAUUUUAGACUGUAUCCAAUAUAGAUAAUGCAAAAGUAUUGAUGUCUGAAUCAGGAAAUCUAAAAGUUUAUUUAAUAUCAUCUGAUUAAAGUAGUACUAGCAUUUUUGUAUUUGAAUGUAUUUUAAACAUAAUAUUUUAGAUAAUGAGGAGAUAACAUUGUAAAAGGUAUAAUUAAUUUUAAAUUAAUGUGGAGUAUAAGUUCCAAUUGAUUAGAACCUUUAUGUUCCAUAAUUCAUAGUGAAUAGUAAAGUUAAAGUGUCAAAUAAUGUAAUUGGAUUAGGGAGAUUUAGCACUGCUUAUAGACCUAAGAUGGUUGACAUAUAAAGUGCUCAAGGUUACAUAAUCAAACCUCCAUUUAUAUUUGGUAUCUCAUAAUUAUUACAAUAUAGGUAUUAUAAAUGAUGAUUUCAAUGAAAUAACAGGAAUGCCCAAUUUAUUUUUUUAAGUUUAGGAUAUUCACUGUCUCUAAUUAUGA